AAAUUUUAGUAAAUCGGUAAAUUAUAUACUUACUUAUUUUUUAAAACAGGUCGGAGUAGAUGAAAAGGCACAUCCAUUGAUUCAAAUAUCCAUUAAGUUGUGUAGAGAUCAUGCAUUAUAAUUAUAAUCUAUGGGAAGUUCGAGAGCUAGGUAUCGGUCGGUGAGAUGCUUCUAAUUUUCCUCUUGUUUGAUCAGAUCUGUUUGUUCUAGUAUACUUUCACGAGCGGUGCUACUUUAAAAACGUUGACCUGGUCGUGUCGUGUAUGUGUUUAGUUAAUUUUGCCUUAGCGCAUGUGGACCGGCGGUCUCUUCACGCGGCAGGGACCGCGGAGGCUUCCUCUAUUUGCACGCUUGCCGACGAAAUAAGUAUGCCACAAACAUUGCGUGUUUGCACUUGUCCGAAUUCUAUCUACCUAUCUCCGUACUUACCACCUCAUUGACGCUUCUCCAAAAUUGCCCGGAAAUCACAAAACAGUUUGAAAUAAUUUCCAUAAUUCAUAAGAUAACGGCAAUUUCGUGGCGUACCUACUAUCCAUUAUUAUUGAGAUCCCAUUUUUUUCGGUUAUGCGUGAUCUGUGUAACACGUUAUAGUUGUCAGAAAAUAUCGGCUUGUGAUACAGUUUCCUUUCACAAUGAGAUGUACAAUAUGUUACAGAUGUGUGAGUGGCUGUCGUGUCGCGAGUGGUGCGACGUGCGCCUGCGCUGCGGUGGCCGCUCGCUGCCCGCGCACCGCGCUGUGCUCGCCAGUGUCAGCACUUUCCUCAGGCAAAUACUCCUUUCAUGCCCGAUAGAAGAGUCGCCGACAUCAAUAGUCUUGCCAGACUUUGACCUCGAGGCCAUGUCAUCAGUGCUUUACUACAUUUAUAACGGAGAAGUCGUGAUACAAAAGCAAAAAUUAGAAAUGUUUAUGGAAAUAGUCAACGCAAUGCAAAUAUUUGUAGAUGAACAAUAUUUACCGAGCGUCUGUAAAGGCGUAGGAGAUGCGGGAGUGUACUCAAACGACAGUUCGGAAAAAAGCAAAGUAUUUUUUUUAGGUGACAACGAAAGUGGACCGUAUAUAAAUUUGAGGAAAGGAGCUGAUAUUGGGGCUUUAUUGGCGAAACAUUUGCAUGAUGACGUAGAUAUUCGAGAUAAGCAUGUGAAGUGUGACGAGUGGAGUAAACAGCCUCAUUUCGGAAAUGUGCAAUCAUCGUGUGGAGACCGACAAAGGAGUUGUUUCCUACGUGAUUUAUUUAUCGAGACAUAUCCUCGGAACGGUAACGCUAACGGUCGAGCGUCAGGCGUGCUAGCAAUACCGAGUGAACACUAUCGCGCAGCCGCAUCUGUGCUCUUGACGAAUGCAAAUGGCAAACAUCUCGCAGCUGACGACGCGCUCUCAGGGCUGGAGAAGCAUACGAGAGCCGCGGAAUGGCCGCCUAACUCACAUUUUUUAGGACAGCAGAUAUUUCUCCGGGAUUCUAAUGCCACCACCGACAAUACUAGUUUCACAAACUAUGCCGAACUUGCCCAAAUAAAAAGUUUAAAUUUAAAGAAUCCUUUCGUGGAUCCAAUCUUACUAUCGGGUAGCUGUGAUAUUUCAACAAAUUCUUACUUAGAUCGUUAUCUGUUCCAACAGACUCAAAUUCUUUCAACAGGAUUGCAAGAAAUAACGAAAAAACCUUUAAAUCUCAAAGGUAUAGAAUCUUCGGAUUUUUUAAGAAAAUAUGGAGCUAGUAGUCCACUUUUAGGAAAACGGAAAGAAGAAGGUUGUCUACAGGACUAUUAUAAUGUAUCAAACAGCAGCACUAAUCCUUCCACUGUUCUGUCAAAAGGAGCAAUUCUAAACCAAGUGUUAGAAAGUCCGUGGUGUCCUCGACAACCAAAUAACUACAAACCCUUUCGAAGAAAAUUACGUUUAUCCGAUGCUGUACCAGGUGAUGCAAAAGAAGAUCGUAUUAAUGAUAGCAACAACAAUAUUCGGACGUCACCGCACCGGGAAGUAACAGAAACAAUAUCGCCAAAUGUCCCUACACAGCCGCUUAUCCCUGCCGUUGGCUUAGUUGGCGUAUCUGACUUCAAAUGCACUAUUUGUAAUCAGGUGUUUACGGACAGUGCAACCCUGGCAGCGCAUUCUCGCCGGCACUCGUCUCCCGGCCGCUACUCAUGUCCGGAGUGCUCCAAGAGUUUCUCCCAGCUGCGCAACUUCAAGUACCACAUGUCCAUCCACCGCGGCACGCGCGAAUUUGCCGCCACCUGCACCGUCUGCGGGAAGUACUUCAACGACCGGGGCUACCUCAGCAGCCACAUGAAGAUUCAUAGAAACCGUAAAGAAUACAAAUGUUCUCAGUGUCCGAAGUCGUUCAACCAGCGCGUCGCGUACAACAUGCAUGUGCGGAUUCACACAGGAAUAAAGCCUCACGUAUGCGGCGAGUGUGGCAAGGCCUUCUCAAGGAAGAUGUUACUGAAGCAGCAUCAGCGCACGCACUCAGGCGAACGGCCGUACGCGUGUCCACACUGCGAGAAGCGCUUCGCGGACCGCUCGAACAUGACGCUACAUCUGCGAUUACAUACUGGUGUAAAGCCGUUCUCGUGUACACUAUGUCCAAAAUCUUUUACAAAGAAACAUCAUCUGAAAUCGCACCUCAACUUCCAUACGGGAGCCAAGCCGUACUCGUGUCCUCGCUGCAAGCUCGCCUUUACUCAAUCGUCCAACAUGCGCACUCAUAUGAAAAAGUGCACAGCGCCUGAGCCUUUGAGUAAUGCAGAGACGCCUAUCAAUAUUUGAGAUAUGAUAUAUUUGGUAGGCGCUUUAAGCCAUAAAUGUCCGUUGAGUAACA